CACACACACGCACAUACACAGAGCACACAUACGCACACACACAUAGAGCACACACAGCACACACAGAUAUAUAUUACUCUGAUUCCUCGCACUUGCUCGAGAGGAAUGCAUACUGUGUGUUCAAGAUUGUCUUUUUUUUUAUUUAUAAUUUAGUCAAAAAUAAAAGCGAGAACUGAGUAACUUUACAAAUCAAUUUAUUUAAUAUAAGCAUAGACUGCAUUUAGCAGGAUUCAACAGUUGAUCGCCCAAUUUGCUUCGCUUUUAUGUCGAGUGAAAUCACACAAUGUGUAAUAGAAAUAGAGAAUGCGUUGAGUAAGUUAUUCGCUCACUGUUAUUGGUGUAUUCUUUUAGCUUUCUCAUCCAAUCAAAAUUUUAGAUCUAGAAGAAUAUACCAAUAACAGCGAGGACUCACUCGACUGUUAAAUCCGCUGAACGGAGUUAAAAGGUCUCUACUGUAAACAGCUGCGGUCACAAUAUGGCUGCUUCACUUAGGGAAUACCCAAUCAGAACACAUAUCGGAUUGCCAAUUAGAAACUUGGACAUCAUGUCGAGUUUCUGUAUAUAUAGGACUCUACUCAGCGAGCCGGCAGUUCUGGUAACAGCCGAUAGUGAUGAGAGUGAUUGGAUUCGGAGUGAAACUUGAACUUUGGAAGUCGCACAGUUAAACAUCAACGCCAAUUAUGAAUACUACUGUUACUUGCAUUGCACCAGUUAAUAUUGCAGUUAUUAAAUAUUGGGGAAAGAGGAAUGAAUCCUUAAUUUUACCAACUAACGAUUCCAUAAGUGCAACUUUAGAUACAGCUCAGCUACAUGCAAAAACUACUGUUAUGCUCAGUUCUGAUUUCAAAGAAGAUCGUAUCUGGCUGAAUGGAAAAGAAGAAGAUAUAAACAAUACAAGACUUCAAAAUUGUUUAAAAGAGAUUAGGAAACGUUCACAAUUAUCUGGGUAUACAAACGAUUGGAAGAUUCGUAUAUGUUCAAAGAAUAAUUUUCCAACCGCUGCUGGUUUAGCUUCUAGUGCUGCAGGAUAUGCAUGUCUUACAGCAGCAUUAGCCAAGCUUUAUAAAAUAGAAGGAGACAUUAGUAUUAUAGCGCGUUCUGGUUCUGGAUCAGCAUGUCGCAGUGUUAUGGGUGGUUUUGUAAGAUGGUACAUGGGUUCAGAUAAGAAUGGGACAGACAGUUUAGCAAAACAAAUCGUACCUGCGUCUCAUUGGUCUGAAAUGAGAAUUUUAGUGCUAGUGGUUAGCGAUGAACAAAAAAAAGUUCCAAGUGCAAUAGGUAUGAAACGAAGCAUAGAAACAUCUCAACUCCUGCAACAUAGAAUAAUGCAUGUAGUCCCGGAACGAGCAAAUAAAAUGCAACAAGCAAUCGUUGAGAAGGAUUUCAAAAAUUUUGCCGAACUCACUAUGAAGGAUUCUAAUCAGUUUCAUGCUGUAUGUUUGGAUACAUAUCCUCCAUGCAUUUAUAUGAACAAUAUUUCUAACAAUAUCAUGAAUCUUGUACAUUCCUAUAAUGAUGCAGUUAAUGAUGUAAAGGUUGCUUAUACUUACGAUGCUGGGCCAAAUGCUACGUUAUAUUUAUUAGAGAAAGAUGUAUCAGCAGUGAUAGGUGUUUUAGAUCACUUCUUUCCUCCUGAAAACGCUAUUGAAUAUAGAAGAGGAUUACCUGUAGAAGAAAUUAAACCUUCUCAAGAUCUCUUGGAGAAAUUAAAGUUUCAAAAGUAUCCACCAGGACAACUUAAAUAUAUGAUAUACACUAAAAUAGGAGAUGGGCCUAAAUAUCUCAAUAAUCCACAGGAUCAUUUGUUAGAUGGUCAGGGUAACCCUAUUAAUUGUUCUUGAUCGAUUUUUUACAUUUUUAUUUU